AUGAGGCUGUGUUGGCUGCUUCUGGGUCGCAGGUUACUUCUAGUGAUGUUUGGAAUGGCGCAAGCCAGUUUGAAGAACCACAAGUCCAACGAACUACGAACAGUUGCAAUCGCCUCUGGAUCGAGUCCGACACCUCGAGGCCCAAUGGCGCCGACGCUCUACUACACGAGAGAUACCCCAGCCUUCACCGGUUUCCAUCCUGAACCUGCUGGACGAGGAACAAAGGGAAUCAUCUGGACCUGCCUCAGCACUAUUCUGCUUUCAUCCUGGAGCUCAUGGCACGGCGACGCCUAUAAUCCGAACAGUUCUCUCAGGACAGCGGCCCGAGAAUCAUACGCCGAAAAGUUUAUGAUGGCAUUUCUCUUCCCUGAGAUAGGAGCAGUUCUCAGCUUCGAUAACCUCUUUGAUGCCCUCCAACUCCGGAAAACAAUAAGACAAGUGGGCGGACCCGACUUCACCAACUUCAGCUUAUCCCAAGCCUUUCUUUUCUCUACGAGGAGCAAGCUGCAGAGCUCGGAAGAGACGCAGCGCGUAGGACCAAAAGAGCUUGUAGAGCUCGUGAGAAGCGGACGCUUGUCUUCCUCGGACCUGCCAACAGACGAUGAAAUAGCUGAUAAGUCCAAGCGUGACUGGACACUCAAGUCACUCUCUAUAAUUCAGACGCUGUGGUUCAUCGUCAGCAUCAUUGCCCGGCUGUCCCGAGGGUACCCUGUUUCUCUAUAUGAGGAUAUCACUGUGGUAAAUGCCUGUUGUGGAGUUAUUGAAUUUGCUUGCUGGUUCCAUUGCCCUCAGGAUAUCCGUCUGCCUUUUAUUAUCAAGCCAAAUAUUCCCGGGGCGUCAAACAGUCUAUAUGCGACUAAAAGUAGAGAACCUGAACAAGAAUUGACAGCGGACCGGGAGGCAUUACUAGUUUCUGCGGAUGCGACAAGAAAUGAAGCAUCCUCUGAACCUCAUGUAUCUGUAACUGAGGACAUGAGAGCGGACAGGUGGAGUAAGGAAUUGCCGAUCAGCAAAAGGCCAUCCCUUAUCCAUAAGAAGGCAAAGCGUCGAGCUUCAUUUGCAACUCAAGCCGUCGAAUUCUGGGAAUCAUCACCAAAUUCAUUCGCAAUCGCCUUAGUAGUCUUCUCUGUUUUAUUUUCCGGCAUUCACAUAGCUGCGUGGAACUGCAGUUUCCCAUCCGUUGCGGAGGCGUGGGUUUGGCGAGGCGGCUCACUUGCGCUCACAGUGUUGGGUGUUUGCCCUUCCUUUAUUGGGGUGGAUGGCUAUACGGUAAUGCACUGGCUUUCAAUCAUCAGUCUUGUGUUAUAUCCCUUAGUCCGCCUCACAAUGCUGGUUGUAGCCCUUAUGUCUUUCCGGAAGGCACCCGCGCGUCUGUAUGAGAGUCCGUCGUGGACACAAUACUGGCCGCAUAUCUGA